AUGCAAGUUUAAUAAAAUUGCAAAUAGGAAUUAUUUAGUUUAAAUAUAUAUAUAUAAUUAAAAUAAAGUUAAGAUUUUUAAGAGACAAUUUGUAAGAGUCAUAAUUUAGAAUUGAUUGCUGUUGAUUUAGACAUGUCAGAUAAAUCAUAAAAAAAUUUUUUUUUUGGUAAAUGUUUAGUAGAUAAAUUAAAUAAUAAUAAAGUGAAAACUAUUGAAUAAUCAAAAGAAAGAAUUUAAUAAAUUAAGAAUUAAUAAUAAGAAAUUAAAAGUUAAGAGAAUCAAGCAAGACUUAAUUAUUAUAAGAAUAUUUUAGAUUAAAUUAUGGAAUUUAAAAGAUCUAUAGGUGAUUCUUUAGAAAAGAUAAGUAAAUAAAUUUAAUAAUACAUGUUUCCAAUCUAAAAGGAAAAAAAAGAAUUAUAAGAAAAUUUAAAUUAAUUGAAUUAUUUUGAAGAUAUCAUAUAAUUAUCAGAAUUAUAUUCAAUAGAUUAAUAAAAAUCAAUUAAAUUUAUAGAAGAUAAUAUAUUUAUAGAUGAAUUAAUAAGAUAGUUUGAAUUAUUAUUUAAUAAUGCUGAAUAUUAUUAAACUUUAGACAUAUUCAAAAAUACAAAAUAAACAAUUUAAGAUAUAAUGGAAAAUAAUAUUAUUGAAUUGCUACCAUUAUUAUAAACAAAAAAUGAAUUUGUAAAUAAUUAUAUAUAUAAAUUAAAAUAGAAAACACCAAGUUUAAGUAGAAUUUGUUUUAAUCAUAAAAAAGAAAUAAUAAUGAUUGAUAUGGAUAUUGAAAAUAAGAAAAUUGAAGAUAGAUUAGUUUUUGUUGAUUGUAUAUCUGAGAAUCCAUUAAUUAAAUAUUAAAAAAUUGAAAAUGUAAAUAAAUUAUGGAUUGAUUAUAAUUCAUAAUCUGAAAAUAUAUUAUAAGAAUAUAAAAAGGAAAUUAAGCAUAAAAUAAUGAAUUAUUCAAUUAAACAUCUUAAAUGA